AUGGGGAACAGUGAAACCGACAAUCUAUUAUUCGGUGAUGGAUCAGAUAAAAUAUUUGGGAUGGAGAAUUUUGGAAACACAUGCUAUUGCAAUUCUAUACUACAAUGUUUAUACUACACGGAAAGUUUCAGAUUGAAACUAAUCCAACAUAACCAAACAAAGCAUGAUCCUAAACUUAUUGUUACAGGAGUCAAACCCCAUAGUUUCACAAGCAAAUACGAACAACUUGUACAAAAGAAACUACGAGAACAAGGAGGGAAGCUGGCAUCACUGAAUUCAAACACGGCUACUGAAGAAAGACCCAAACAAGGUAGUAGAAAAGGAUCCAUUUUUGGUAUUAAAUUUAACAAUUCAGUCAAUACCUCAACUACAACGGUUCCUGUAGCUAUUGAUGAUUCAAAAAAACUAUAUAUGAAAUAUAUCGACAAAGCCAAAGACUGUGAGGCUCUAUCGUUGGAACAACGCAUAAAAAUAAGCAAAUCUCCAGAAUUUCAAAAGUUAGAUAUCUUGGUAACAAGGCCGUCAAUCAAUCAAACAGCUAAAAAGCCUGUUGACGACGACAAUAGAAAUGAUUAUUCACAAAGCUCAUCUAUGCUACUCAAUGAUCAACCACAACAAACUAUACAAGAAGGGUCUAUUAGCACUACUUCUAGUGCUAUAAUAGUUGGAAUACCACAUCCCGAAUCUAACUUGAACACACCAAUUAACCCAUUCAAUUCGGAUCCCAGUGGCGAUCAGAGAAAGAGAUCAGCCUUGAUCAAUGGACCAAUUAUCAACCUAGAUACAUCAUUGCAACUUCCCAGCGAGCAACAAGAAGAUACAGCCUUGCUAUAUGCGUUGAAGGAUUUAUUUGAAAGUAUGGUUGAAAACAAAUCUACCAUUGGAGUAGUAUCACCAACCUACUUUAUUCAGAAACUCAAAGAAAAGAACUUUUUGUUUCGUCAGAACAAUAUGCAUCAUGAUGCUCAUGAGUUUUUCAAUUAUUUGACCAAUGAAAUCAUUGAAAGUUUGAACAAAGAGGGUUUCACUAACGAUAAAAACUGGUGCAGUGAUAUUUUCCGAGGUCUAAUCACCAAUGAAACCAAAUGCUUAUCUUGUGAAAAGAUCACAUCUAAACAGGAACUAUUUCUAGAUUUGUCCAUUGAUAUACCACCAGGAGAAAGUGCUUUUUCAUUAAGUUAUGCAUUAAAUAAUUUCUCAAAGUCAGAAACUUUAACUCAUCAGAAUAAGUUUUAUUGCAACACCUGUUCUUCCUUACAAGAGGCAGUGAAAACAAUAAAACUCAAAAAAUUGCCCGAAGUGCUUGUUAUCAAUUUGAAAAGAUUCAAGUACGAUGAACAAAUGGACAAGAUGGUUAAACUUUUUGAUUCCAUAAAUUACCCUUUCAAGUUGCGAUUGUUUAACACUACUGAUGAUGAAUCGUUGACGGAUUUGUUGUAUGAAUUGUAUGCAUUAGUUAUUCACAUUGGUGGUGGACCGAUGCAUGGACAUUAUGUUUCGUUAUGCAAAAUCAAAGCUGGAUUAUGGUUAUUAUUUGAUGACGAAACUGUUGAAUUGGUGGAGGAUUCAUAUGUAAUGAGGUUUUUUGGUAAUGGACCCGGCCUAGCAAGUGCUUACAUUUUAUUCUACAGGCAGGCGAAAUACGAUCCUGAAUUUGGUUUUAAUCCUGAGGAUAUUUACAAUGGCAACGACGAUUACUCUUUCAAGCAAACAGAGGACGAAUCAAGCACACUUGCAACUUCGGUUAACAAUGACUAUCUUGAUACCAAAUCAGAAGCUUCUUCCAUUGCCUCUUUCAAUGUGAAUGAGGCGACUAAAAAGACAAACGUAUUCAAAAAUUUCAAAUUUGACAAGGAUGACAAACCCCCAGCUCCAAUUUCUCGUAGCAAUAGUAUGAAUGCUAACCUUGCUCCAGGUGCUCCCAUUAAAGAGGUUAAAGAGAAGAAAUCUUGGGUUGGUAAUUUGAAGAGAAGGAAUACCGAGACCAGUAAUAGUGGAAAUAUACCACCGAUGGAAAGAAAACCUUCCACAAGUAGCACAACAUCUGGAAAUGGUAACACCACUGAAAGAAGAAGAAGUAUAUUUGGGUUUAAAAGGAAGUAG